AUGCCUGUACAAGGGAUCAGAACGGUAGCUACGGCCAGAAACGGCGUCGGUGCCUUUAUCCUUCAAUGCAAACGCCUGGACUUCCAUUACUGCGACUGGGCUGGUAGCUCCCGGGGCAUGGUCGCCUUCCUGAAACACUCCCUCCCCAACUUCGCCAAAGCAAACCCUCAGAUCGAAAUCCGAGUAUCCCCCCGGCCGCACAAACACCCCGUCAUCAAGGGUCACUACAUCAACGGUCGUGAGAAGGCAAUCUGCGUCAGAAAUCUGGAGCCCGAACAAAUCUUCAAGAAGGCGAACCUGUUGAAGGAGGCCAGCGGCGAGAAGCUGAAGCGCACCAAGAAGCCUGUCACCAGUAUUAACGAGAGUGUGAGAGGUAUCUGGUCCCCGUACCACGGAGACCUCAAGAUGGUAUAA